AUGAUGAGCUCAGAUGCGAGGCAAUUGACGGAUGGAAGAGCUCAGAUGUGUGCUCAUGCUGAUGCGCUUAUCGAAGAUUGGAUUCAGAAAGCAACCUCAAUCAAUAUUUUAAUGUCUUCUCAGGAUAUAGCCAUUGUUGCUACCCUUAAAAAGGCUUUCGUCGGAAAUGAUCAGUCUUGCAGAAGCUCUGCAGCUCAGCAACACCAAAGCUUGUGGGGUGUAUAUUUGUUAACCUUCAUAUUCAGCACUGUUUUUAUCAUCGGUUUACUUGGCAAUCUACUUACAAUGGCCGUUAUAUAUUGUACUCCUGCUCUACACUCACAUACUAAUUACUUCUUAAGCAAUCUGGCAUGCUCUGAUUUUUUCCUGAUCAUUUUUGGUAUUCCAUUCGAUUUGAUCUCACUUUGGCGUAAUGCAAAACCACCGAAACUACCAGCAUAUUGCGAAAUUAUGAGUACGUCGAUAAGUUUAUUCACGUACUCGUCAGUUCUAACGAUAGUUGCAUUAACUGCUGAGCGAUUUGUAGCGAUUUGUUAUCCAUUCAACAUGAAGAUAUUAUUCAAUAAAAGAAAAGUGAUCAGUGUUAUCUACCUAAGUUGGAUCAUUGCUUUUAUUCCAUCGCUUUAUAUUGGACUUCAGUUCAAGCCGGUCACACCCGAUUUUUGUGGAUACAAUCGUGAACUUGGCGAUGGUAUUGGAAAAUGCGAUUUUGUGGCGAGUGAAGUGAUUCCGUUUCAAUUCCCUUUCGAGGUGAAUAUGCUGUUAACGUUUGUGAUACCGGUAGCGUUCAUUCUCUACUGCUAUGUGAGAAUUUUGAGCACACUGAAAGAAUUAUCGCAUUGUACAACGGUGCACAUACCGAUAGCGACCACUUACAGUGAAUCUAUCAGAAGAGAUAACACGUUAUCAUUGCAUGCGCACAUCAGAGAUUCGUCAUUGCUCGCUAGUCACCAAGCGCAAAAGGUUGUUAUUAAAAUGCUCGCACACAUUCGAUUUUGUGGAUGUCAAAAAGAUCAAUUUCCAGUGACUGUAACAGCAAUAUUCUUCUUAUGUUAUCUACCAUAUCACAUCGAUCGACUAAUUGUGCACUACACGCGUGAGAAAUGCGAUAAGUCGAGUGUAUGCUUAAUGCUUUAUCCAGUCACCGGUCUUCUGCAGUACUUCAGUGCUGCAAUGAACCCAAUCCUCUAUAAUUUGAUGUCGACUCGAUUCCGGAACGCUUUCAAAGGUUGGUUCCGGAAAAUACUCAGGUCAACGUCAUAUAAAUCCGUUGCUAGAUGA